AACUCCCUCCAAUUCCCUACCCUUCUCUCUCUCUCUCUCUCUCUCUCUCUCUCUCUUCUUGCUCUCUCAACCUCUGCCUUCAGGUGAUUUUAACUUGAGCAAAAAAAGAAAAAAAAGAAAAAGAAGAAAAUGGAGGAUCAUUGUAGUCCUCUCAGCUUGGCAUACUACUACCAAGAUGAGGGCAUUGAGGAGUUAAGACAUUGUCUCUUGUACAUAACAGAGCUAGAGGCAACAAUUUUUUCAGCAAAAGAAGAGAUUACUAGAAGAGAAUUUGAGAUAGUUAAUCUCAAAGAUCUUUUAAACAAGGCAAUGAAAGAAAGAAAUGAAGCCCAAGAAGAAUCACAGAAACUUAUUCUUGAAAAACUUGUUCUCCAACAACAACUUAAGAAGCAGCAGCAGCAGCAGCAGCAGCAAGAACAGCAACUGCAAGAAGAAAUGCAGCAGAACCUCAAUCAAGAAACUCCUCCUCCAAUCUCUGGCAGUCCUAGCAGAGAAGAAAGAGACUACAACAAUCACAUAGCCACUGUUGCUUCUCAAUUUAGUGACCCAAUUCCUCAGCAGAAACCAUUACAAUCUGAACUACCUGAAGCGAUACUAAAAUUAGCAGCAGCCAGACCAUUGCCAGAAAAAGGCAAACUUCUGCAAGCAGUGAAAGAAGCAGGACCACUUCUACAGACCCUUUUGCUUGCUGGACCUCUUCCUCAAUGGCAACACCCUCCUCCUCAACUGGACUCCAUUGAGAUCCCACUAAUCACUAUUUCUUCUCCGGCGAACCGGCUAACUCACCAAGACUCUUUCAACAGCUUUAGUGCUUGUUUAACCAGGAAAAGGAGUCUGGAACUUUGUGAAAGUAGUCCUGAUUCUUCUUCUUCUUCUCCUAGUAACAAGUAUCAAAAGGUUGCUCUUCUUUGAUGUAACAAGUUCUUACUACUUUUUCCCCAUCCUUUCUCAUUCUGUUAUACCUUGAAAAGGUAAUCAAGAAUGAGAUGGUUAUGACUAGCUCUAGAUGUCAAGUUUCAGUCUGGAAAUUUUCAGUUUCUUUUCUUCUUUUUGGUCUUAGAAUUAAAAGUUCUAACUUCUGUAGCAUGUCAUGUAGAGACUUAAAAUUGGCUUUGUAUAAUAUGAAAUGAGUUCUAAAUUCUCCAAUUUCUGCUGAAAAUUCUCAAUUAUUGUGUCAGUCCUUUUAACCUGAAAUAUUAGUUAGAGGAUUCUCUUUA